CCAGUGACAGACACGGCCAUGGCCCCAAGGGGACCCCGCCCCUUGCUCUUCCUGACCAUGGUCCUGCUGGCUGCCUGCCUGGCCCAGCUCAGUGAAGGCGCCACCUACCGGCAGUUCCUGAACCGACAUGUUGACUUCCCCAAGAGCGCUGGCAACAACCGGAUCUACUGCAACCGCAUAAUGCAGCGCCGAGGCCUGACCCGCCCUGUCUGCAAACCCACCAACACCUUCAUCCACGCCCCCACCGGUCAGGUCCAGGCCAUCUGCAGGGGUGCAGGGAGAUGCCACGGACGCAACUUCUGCGACAGUAACUCAUCCUUCCGCCUCACCACCUGCCGGGUGGCACCCGGCUCCCGCCCGGGGCGCUGUGUUUACAGGGCCAGAGUCCAGAACCGCAGGAUCCGCGUUGCCUGUAACCAGCAGCUGCCCGUGCACUUCGAAAGAAUCCUGUAG